AUGGCCCUGCCACCUCUGUAUGUGUCCUCACGCGGGCAAGCGGUCCGCUGCCCAGGACCAAUGGACUUGUCGCGCCUGCGCCUGCGCACCCGCGAGGUGCCAGGUGGGCGAGAGGGCCACGUGCUGUCGCGCGGUGGGCGGGGCCUCUUGCGUGCGCGCGGCCUACGUGUCCGUCCGCCCCCCUUCAGCGCGCACCUGAAGAGGAGCAGCGAGGAGGUUCUGUCCGACCUUCUGGAGUCCGUCGUGCGCCGCCGGUGGAGUUUUCUCGAAAGCUGGUGGCCGCGCCCUUCUCCAGUCCGGGGCUGUUGGGAGGAGCCGGUGUCCCUGACUCUGCCGCGCCGACCGCCCCCUGCGCCUCCGGGCCAGAGGUUCCCCGACUUCAUCCGUCUCUUCAGAAAGCGACUGUCCCGUGUGUCCGCCAGCCUGGAUUCGGGACUCUCCACCCCAGCUUUUCAGUGCGACCACCUGGAUGCCCAGCAGAGCCUUCGGUCUCAUGGCGAGAAGGACGCUGCGGACCCUCCCUCCGCACCUGCUUCCCCCAGUCUUGUGCACCUCAGGUGGGACAGCGGCACCUGCCCUGCUCAGACUGAAGCCUUCCGCCCCCCUGAACUACUGACCCUCUCGCCCCACGUCUUGCUGACUGCAGAUCGUGUUGGCUUUUCAAGCUCUCCCCGAAACCUGACCACUCCUCGAAACCGCCUCUGUGCCCCACCUCAGUCCCGGCCAGCACCUGCUCUCUUGUGGCCUGUUGUCCACCCAGCAGCCGCUUGCUCCUCCACGCAGAACCUUCCGGCACGUCCAUCUCAGAGUCCAAGCCAAGGUUGUCUCCAUGCCCACAGGUGCCUCCUAUCUGGAUGCCUCACCUCAUAUGAUUGCUUUGUCCAUCGUCCUCCAGCCUGGUCACCUCAGGACCUUUGCAUCCGUGGCACCCUUGCUCCAGCUCUCUGCGAGACUCCCCUCUUUGCCUUCUGCGUGUCUUUGCUCAGAUGCCUCCUCAGUGAGGCCUGCCCUGACUCCCCCAAGCAGCAACCCCCAUUCCUUCCCUCCCCCACCAUAAAGCACACUACUUAUCUUGUGUGCUUCUGUCCGGCCAUUAGAAUGUAA